AUGACCCGAUACAAGAGCACUCCCCUCUACGGCGGCGCCUUGGUCGCAGACCUGCCCGAGAAGUUCGCCGACGUCAGAUGGCGCCCCACGCCGAACAGCAAACUUCGCGAGGUCCCCGACAACCAGGAGGUCUGGAUCGACUCGGACGGUUUCACCAGCAUCAUCUUCGACAUCACGGAGCGCGUCGGCCCCGCGGGGAGCAGCCCCGAGAUUGACGGCCGCGCCAUGACGACGCACCUCGAGGAGCUCGUUGGCGAGGACAUUGACACCGUCAAGGUGUGGAACACGACCGAGACGUCCUUCUCGAGGCUCAGCCCCGACGUCCCCGCCUACACCCUCAUCGCGACCCAGACCCCCCGCGCCAAGAAGUCCGGCUCGUCGGCGCCCGACUUCACGGCCAUCAUCCUGACGCUGCUGCGCCUCGAGAAGGAGUCGACCGACAUCCUCGUCACCAUCAACGUGCCGCACAUCAAGGGCGAGUACGACGAGGCCGACGUCGACCUCGAGCUCGGUAAGCAGGGCAAGCUCAUCGGCGACGCCGUCGAGUACGCCGCCCGCAUCUGGGAGACGUUCAAGGUCAAGGACUGGACGCUGUUCCAGGAGGUUUGA